AUGCUCGCGGCGCUCUCCCAGAAUGGGAGAUUCAGCGACGCGAGGAAGCUGUUCGAUCGGCUGCCGCAGUGGGAUCCAUUCGCUUGCAACGCGAUGAUCGUCGCGUUCGGGCUCAAGGGGCAAAUCCUCGAAUCAAAGCGGCUGUUCGAUUCGAUGCUGCACAGAACCACAGCGAGCUACAACUCCUUGAUCUCUGCGUUCUCGCAAAACGGUGAUCUCGCAAGCGCAAGGAUUGUUUUCGAUCGAAUCUCCCACAGGAACGUCAUCACCUGGAACGCAAUGCUCACAGCACUUGCCUUGUCUGGGCAUCUUGAAGAUGCGAAAGCUCUCUUCGAUGAGAUCCCGGAAAGAAGCGUUGUAACAUACAACACUAUGAUUGUUGGAAUCUCCCAGAAUUCCAACGUAGAACAAGCACGGGAUUUUUUCGACAAAGCCGCCCAGCCGGAUGUGGUCACCUGGACCGCAAUGAUCACCGCAUAUGCCCAAAAGGGGCAUCUUGAUCAAGCCAGGGCGCUCUUCGAGGAGAUCCCGGCUCGCACAGUUGUCUCUUGGACCGCGAUGAUCUCCGGAUACGCGCAGCACGGAUCCAUGGAUCAUGCUGCGGAGCUCUUCCAGCGGAUGCCGCCCGAGCUGCGCAGCACCGUCACCUGGAACGUGAUGAUCACUGGCUACGCGCAGAUCGGGAGGGUGGAAGAAGCGCGGGGUCUCUUCCAGCGCAUGGGGCCGUCCAAGCGCGACGUGAUCUCCUGGACGGCGCUCAUCGAUGGCUACGUCCGGAGGAACGAUCUGGGCGAGGCGCGGGGGCUCUUCGAUCGAAUGGAAGACAAGGACGUGGUGGCCUGGGGGACGAUGCUCGAGGGCUAUGCGCAGCGUGGCCAUCUCCAGGAAUCGCUGGAGCUCUUCCGGUCGAUGGAUCUCCACGGGUAUCCCAUCAACAAGGUGAUCUUCAUCAGCAUUCUUGAUGCGUGCGUUCACGCCAGGGCUCUCGCGGAGGGAAAGCUCCUCUACGAGCUGGCCGCCGCCAAGGAUCUCGCCGCCGAUGUGACAAUGACGAGCGUCAUGGUCAAUCUCUACGCAAAGUGUGGCUGCCUGGCUACUGCGCGAGAUCUUUUCGAUUGUAUUGAACGAAGAGAUCUUGUGGCUUGGAAUGGGAUGAUUGCAGCAUAUGCCCAAAGCGGGCAUUCUCUGCUCGGGCUGGCGGCCUUUUGGGAGAUGCUCGUCCAGGGCGAGGAUCCCGACGGUGUUACCUUCAACAUCGCUAUCUCGGCAUGUAGCCACAAGGGGCUCCUGAAGGUCGGGCUCCAGCUCUUCUUGGACAUUGAGGAGAGCUUUGCGAUGAUCCGAAGCUUGGAUCAAUACAUUUGCAUGAUUGAUCUUCUGGGUCGAUCGGGGAUGCUGGAGCAAGCGGAAGAGCUCACGGAGUCUAUGCCGUUUGAGCCUGAUCUCGUGUCUUGGAGGACUUUGUUGUGCUGCAGUGGGAUCCAUGGUGAUCUAGGGUGCGGCCAGCGUGCUGCUUCACGGCUUUUGGAUCUGGAAGGAGGUGGAGAGGCGGCAUCCAUGGAUUGGAUUGAGGACGACAAGGCGACUCCGUAUGUGGUCUUGUCUAACAUUUUUGUCAACCAGGAUCAUCCAGUCCCUUAG